AUGGCCAUGCACGACACAAACAUCUCAUACUUUUUCUGUCAAGCAACUACCAGUCGCCUCAAUAAUGCUGCAGCAGUCUUGCGGGGACUCAUAUAUAUGCUCGUGCAACAACAACCUGCGUUAAUCAGACACAUGAGCGACGUCUCCUUUGAGGGUGAGAAUGCAUGGUUCGCAUUACUUCGAGUCUUCACCAAUAUUCUUGAGGACUCGCAUUUGCAAAGCACGUACCUGAUCAUUGAUGCGCUCGACGAAUGCACUACAGACUUGAGCCGACUCCUUCAUCUUCUUGUCCAGAAGUCAACAGCUUAUUCGCACGUUCAGUGGGUUGUGUCUAGCCGCAAUUGGCCGAGCAUUGAGAACGGCCUCAAUGGUACGAAUCCAAUAGAACUGAAUCUUGAGUUAAACGAGCACACUCUGUCGGCUGCUAUCAACUCAUUUAUUCAGCUUAAAGUGAAUGAGCUAGCAGAUAACAACAAGUACAGCCCUGAAGUAGGGGCUGCCAUCCAGCACCAUUUGGAGUCAAAGGCAAAUGGCACCUUCCUCUGGGUAGCUCUGGUUUGCAAGGAACUCACUACCGUCCCCAAGAGACAUGUCCUAAAGAAGUUAAAAGAGUUCCCUGCUGGCCUGGAUAAGCUUUAUAGACGCAUGUGGGAACAAAUGAGCGAGUCUGAUGAUGCUCAACUCUGCAGGUCUCUUCUCGGCGUCAUGACGACCGUCUACCGUCCUAUCACGUUGGAUGAAUUAACAUCUUGUAUCGACUUAUCCGAGGAUUUCGCAGACGAUCAGGAGUCUCUGUCAGAGGUUAUAGGCUUUUGUGGUUCUUUCCUGACACUCAGAGGACGUACAAUCUCCUUGGUUCAUCAGUCAGCUAAGGAUUUCCUCCUGCGAGAAGCAUUCGAUGAGAUCUUCCCUAAAGGAGCGGACAACAUACACUAUUCUAUUUUCUCAAAAUCACUGCAAGCUAUUGCCAGGACACUUCAUCGCGACAUCUACAGCCUAGUUGCCCCCGGGUAUCCAAUUGACCAAGUCAAGAAGCCAGACCAGGAUCCGCUAGCUGCUACAAGGUACGCGUGUGUCUACUGGGUCGACCACCUAAACGAGUGCUCUCCUAGCAAGAACACAAACGAAGACCUGCAGGAGAGCGGCUCAGUCGGUAGAUUCUUGCAGCAAGACUAUCUUCACUGGCUUGAAGCUCUUAGCCUGUCAAAAAGCUUAGCAAAGGGGGUAGCUUCGAUGCUGAAGCUUGAGCGUUUGCUGAAGCGAACGACCGAGAACUCGCCACUGAUUAACAGACUUCGAGAUGCACGCCGAUUUGUCCUAUACUACAAAACAGUAAUUGAGAAUUACCCACUUCAAGUAUACGCUGCAGGACUCAUAUUUAGCCCAGCCAGCAGCAUUACAAGGAAACAAUUUAAGAAUUCGGAGCCGGCCUGGCUAAUCCGAAAACCAACUACGGAAGAGAGUUGGAGUGCAUGCCUACAGACACUGGAGGGCCAUAGCGAUGAGGUCGCGUCUGCUACGUUCUCUCAUGAUUCCAAGCUGCUCGCCUCGGCAUCAGAGGAUAACACUAUCAAGGUGUGGGAUGCCAGCAGCGGCCAGUGCGUCCAAACUCUCGAGGGCCACAGUGGCUCAGUCUACUCAGUCACAAUCUCCCAUGAUUCCAUGCUCCUCGCCUCAGCCUCACUAGAUAAGACUAUUAGGAUGUGGGACGUCAGCAACGGCCAAUGCAUCCAGAUACUUGAGGGCCAUAGUGGCCCAGUCUACUCAGUCACCUUCUCUGAUAACUCGAAGCUCCUCGCCUCAGCAUCAUUUGAUGAGACUGUGAGGGUGUGGGACGCUAGCAACAGCCAAUGCGUCCAGACACUCAAAGGCCAUAGCACCUCAGUACACUCAGUUGCCUUUUCACAUGGCUCCAAACUCGUCGCCUCAGCUUCAGCUGAUGGGACCAUCAAGGUUUGGGAUGCCAGCAAUGGUCAAUGCCUCCAGACACUUGAGGGCCAUAGCGGCUUGGUCCACUCAGUCACCUUCUCACAUGAUUCCCUGCUGCUUGCCUCAGCCUCAAGCAAUAAGACUAUCAAGGUGUGGGAUGUAAGUAACCGCCGGAGCCUUCAGAUGUUUGAAGUUCAUAGCAGCUGGGUCCACUCAGUUACCUUCUCGCAUGAUUCUAAGCUCAUCACCUCAGCCUCAGCUGAUGGGACUAUUAAGCUGUGGGAUGCAAGUAACAGCAAAUGCCUACAAACACUCAAAGACCAUAGCGGCUGGAGCUACUCAAUCUUCUCAAAUGACUCGAAACUCCUUGCCAUAGCCUCAUACGAUGAGACCAUUAGUGUGUGGGAUGUCAGCAACAGCCAAUGUGUCCAGAUACUCGAGGGCCAUAUCGGUCCAAUCAACUCCAUCACCUUUUCCUAUGAUUCAAAACUCCUCGCCUCAGCUUCAUAUGAUGAGACCAUCAAGGUGUGGGACAUAAGUAACGGCAGAUGUCUCCAAACCCUUGAUGGUCACAGCAUGGCAGUCAGCUCAGUUACCUUCUCCUAUGAUUCAAAGCUCCUUGCCUCAGCCUCAGGUGAUGAGACUGUUAAGGUAUGGGAUGCCAGCAAUGGCCAAUGCCUACAGACGCUCAAGGGCCAUAGUGGCUGGGUCUAUGCAGUCACAUUCUCCCAUGAUUCAAGGCUCCUCACCUCAGCCUCAGAUGAUGAGACUAUUAAAGUAUGGGAUAUUAGCAACGGCCAGUGCCUCCAAACAUUUGAGGGCCAUGGCAGCUCAGUCCGCUCAGUCAUCUUCUCUAAUGACUCGAAGCUCCUUGCCUCGGGCUCAUACGAUAAAACUAUCAAAGUGUGGGAUGCCAGUAGCGGACAAUGCCUAAAGACCCUUAAGAUUGACAGAAUCGCCUAUCUGAAGUCAUUCAACAUGCCUAACUCUUGCCUUGAGACUUAUAAUGGUACCAUUUAUUCUUUGGAUUUAGACGCAGGACCGACAGACACCGAGCCAGAAGUAGCGCGCUCUCAAGGAUAUGGCGUGACUGAUCAAACAUGGAUCACUUGGAACUCGAAGUAUCUGCUAUGGUUACCACCAGACUACCGGCCACGUACUUUCGCCGUGUCUCAGUCGACAGUAUGUCUUGGUUGUACUUCGGGGCGGGUGCUAUUAUUCACCUUCGAUACCCAGAGAGUAUCCCAUGUGCACAAGCACAUGAUCCACUUUAGCUGA